CAGUCCGGAUGUUCCCCCCAGUAGCGGAAUAGCAAGCACCAGCGGCAGCAGUGUGUGAAUGUGGCAAUCGAGGUAGACAGGGAGGGGUGGAAAUACUGACCGGGUGGUUCUAUUUUUUACCUCCUGUUUUUCAUUAUUUUUCGUGGCUUGUAGAGCCAAGUCCUCACGGUUGAUACCGCGCCGCGGUUAGGAACUUGUUCGCGGGGCUGUAGAGCCGGUUGCCGCUUUUCUUGGGGACUAAAGUGCUGUCGUUGUGGAAACAGUCCAGAAGAAAGAAGGGAAGGCAGAAACAACAUGGGGCGAUAAUAAAAAAAAAAUGUGUCGUGUAGUGGACCGACGAUGACUCUCUGGGAGGACCCGUGAAGCCUAUUUAUUUUUUUAUUUAUUACCCUUUUUUUUUUUUACCCCUUUCCCCUUGAAUCCUCUUUUGUAUCAUUUUUCUCCUCCCCACCUUGUUAGUCUGGGAGAUUUUCUUUUUAAAGGAAAGGGCAACGUCGUAAGAGGAUUUGAAGGAUGGACCAAGCCGGCAUCCUGAGAAACUUUAUCCAGAGGGUGAAGGCCAUGAGCGAAUUGGACGAAGACAGGGGAGAGGACAACUUCGGCAGCGACUUUAUGCGGUUGCGGCGGUUGUCGACUAAGUACCGAACGGAGAAGAUCUACCCCACCAACGUGGGAGAGAGGGAGGAGAACGUGAAGAAGAACAGAUACAAAGAUAUACUGCCAUUUGACCACACUAGAGUAAAGUUGACAUUAAAAACAACCAAUCAGGACACGGAUUACAUCAAUGCAAGCUUUAUUAAGGGUGUUGAUGGCCCAAAAGCCUACAUCGCAACUCAGGGUCCACUCCAAAACACAGUCAUCGACUUCUGGAGGAUGAACUGGGAGUACAAAGUCGCUGUUAUUGUAAUGGCUUGUCGAGAAUUUGAGAUGGGAAGGAAAAAGUGCGAGCGGUAUUUUCCAUCGCGAGACGAGGAGCCCUUGAGUUUCGGCCCUUUCAGAAUCUCCUGUGAAUCCGAGCAGCAAAGAACAGACUACUUUAUCAGGACCUUGACGGUGCAGUAUAAUAAUGAAACUCGGAGGAUAUCUCAGUUCCAUUAUAUCAACUGGCCCGACCACGAUGUCCCAUCAUCGUUUGACUCCAUAUUGGAUAUGAUCGGACUAAUGAGGGAGUACCAGGAGAACGAUGACGUUCCUAUCUGUGUGCACUGCAGUGCAGGUUGUGGGAGGACGGGUGCUAUUUGUGCUAUCGACUACACAUGGAACCUCCUCAAAGCUGGGAAAAUUCCCGAGGACUUUAACGUCUUCCGGUUGAUCCAAGAGAUGAGGACGCAGCGGCACUCUGCUGUUCAGACAAAGGAGCAGUACGAGUUAGUGCAUCGAGCAAUCGCCCAGCUCUUUCAGAAACAACUGCAGGUUCUGGAGAGUCCCACCAACACGCAGAUACACGAUGGCAUGAGUGAAAGCAGUCCUGACAAAACAAGCGUUCAGUCAGAUGAUGAGCGAUGGGACACACCGCCGCCGAAACCUCCUCGCUUUCGCAGUCCCCAGGUGGAAGGUGACGUAAAGGAGGAGAUUCUCCAGCCCCCCGAGGCUCACCCUGUCCCCCCUAUUCUCACCCCGUCUCCCCCGUCAGCCUUCCCCACGGUCACCAAUGUGCGGCAGGACAACGACCGCUACCAUCCCAAGCCUGUCAUACAUGUCCUGGAUACUGCGCAGCGCAGCCUGAAGGAGAACGACGCUGAAAACAAGCAGCAGAACCAGUCCGGAUCCGGCCUAAUCAAACAAGCCAGCCCCUCAGAGCCGAGAGAUCUAAACGCUCAAAGCCAAAACCAGCAGACUCAGGUCUCCCACCUGGAUCUCAACGAAAACUACAACAACAAAUCCUCCUCCACGUCGACAAAGUCGGAACCGGGCCACGGACGGACUCAGGCGCCCUCCUCGCCGCUCUCCCCGGCCGCCGAAUGUUGCGGCGCCCCUCGGAUCGAGAGGAAGCUCAGCAUAGAGAUUAAAAAGGUGCCGCUGCAGGAGGGGCCUCGCAGCUUCGACACGCCCUCCUCGGUGGGAGCCAACAACUCGGCCAACAGCAGCUCCAUGCUGCAAAGGAGCCACGCCUUCAAAGCCCGUUCCAGCCAGACCCUGCUGACGUCCAGCUCCUCGCUGUCGGAGGACUCCGGCACCGAGGGAGGAGCGGGCGGCUGCGGGGAGACCCACUCCGACGAGGGCGUCCCGACCAGACCAAACCACCUCCCUGUCACCAGCGAGGACAAGACGCAAGAUAUGAAGUCCGGCCAUGCCGCUUGGACGCAUUCCUGCAACAGCCCCGACAAACCUUUCCCCAAAACGUCCUCGUCCUCGUCGUCCUCGGACCGGGCGGCUCCGUCUUCCUCCUCCUCCUCCCACAUUUCCUCCUCCACCUCGUCGUCCUCGUCCUCCACGCCCGUCAGGACUGCCCUCAGUUUCACCAACCCGCUGCACUCGGAUAACUCGGACGAGGAAGGGAACGAGGAGAUGGCCGAGGUGAAGGAGAGUUACCAUAAAAGCGUCUCCGUAGCCACAGCUACUGUGACCGCCUCGCCUCACCUGGAGACCCAGCAGUCGUCCAGGAAGGUGGUGCCCAUGUCCAUCGCGGGACACGCCACCGCAUUGUCCUCCGCGAGCCCAGCAAACUGCUGGGACAGCGACGACUCCCCUCCCCCCCUCCCUGAGAGAACCCCUGAGUCCUUCAUACUGGCCACAGAUGCUCUGGAAGAGAGAACGUCAGCCUCAGCUGAAUGGGGAUCCUCACAAAAAGAUGUCUCUGAUUGUGCCAAGACGUCUCCGGUGGUCUCUGCAUCGGAUGGCGGCACGGCGGGAGUCAGCCAAGUAGACCUGGGUGGGAUUCGGUAACCGCUGCAUUCAGCCCAAAGGCCCUCGAGAACCCCCUGUGGAGUGGACAUGACGGAACGACCCGCCCGCCAUCACCGUCUGUCCUCAUCAGGAUACAGACUCCUGACGGGUUGGCCCAAAAAAACGAAACAAACAAAAAAAAAACAGGCUGGCGUGCAGAGAAAUGAAAAAAAAAGCCGGCAUAUAGAGACUUUUAUUCCUGAGACUUUCCUCCUCACAUUGACUGGCCUGUAGAUGCUGGCCUGGGGUCUCUCUUCAUGAACGGUUAAAGCAGAGCAGUGUUGAUAGCGGGCUAAAAGAAGAGACUUGUUUCCUUUUCGACACUUAUCACAAAUUUCUCCCUUUUUUUUUUUUCUUUCUUUUUUUUUGUUCCUACACUAAAUGAAGCGUGGUCUAAGAUUGACUCUUAAAAUAGUUUCAAGCCAAAUGCGAAGAAAGCGGCUUCAUCAGGAAAAGCUAGAGCAGAUUUCUGUCCCACAGGCGGUCGGGCCGCCUCCUGCUGAUCAACGAACAAUCUUCAAAGCGAACUUAGAUAAUCUUGUGCUCAUGACGCAACCUUUUCAGUUGGGUAUGCGGAGGUUGCCUGGGUACUUUCUCUGACUUCUUUUGUAUUUCUGUCCCUCGUCUCUCCUUUCUGGUGCUACUUCAUAAAAGAUCAGGAUCCAUGCUGGAGUGUUGUAGCUGAGGGUCGCCAUCAUUCAAUGAUUCUUUGUGUUAUUUUUUUUUUUUUUCUAAUGGGCUGUUUUACUUUCCAUUUUAAUGCCCUUCUGUUGGGAGUCCAUAUGCCAACAAUUACAGUGUUAAAAUAUGACGCCCGUUCACCUGCUUUUAAAGAGUUUUUAUUCUGCCCCUAAGUGUGACUUGAAGUCACUAAUGUGAGUAUUUUUUCUUUUUAAUUAAUUUAAGCCCCCCCCACCCCCCCACCCCCACCCUACUGAGUCUCAGAUUUUGUUGUGCUGAAUCUGUCACACCCAUUACUGAUGGGUCUAGCAGCAAAACCUAAAUAUGCACCUGAAGGCAGGGAUGUAAAAAUGUAGCAAGAUUGAUUGGAAGUCGGUUGAAAUUUCAAAUAAUUUUGCUAAGUAGGAUUUAAAAAAAAUUGUAAAAUGAAAAAAAACAACAACGCAUUAUUUAUUUAUUAGAACUUAAAAAGCGUAAUAGCGACUCUGGCUCUAACCAUCGGGACCAUUACCCCCAGAUUCCACAUCCUCCGUUCACGUUUGACCGACAGAGCAACUGCGUUAUUUUAAAUAAAUAAGCUCCACAAUUAGAAUCGUAGCAAACAGGAAAAAGAACGUCAACAACCUCCGGUUUGUCAAAUUUAAAUGGCGUGAAUAGAUAUUAACCACAAAUUAAAUAUUUUUUUAAUUAUUAUUUACAACAAUAUUAUAUAAAUAUUGGAUGUAAACCCCUUUUUUCGUACCAUUUGGACCAGAUUUGUCUUUUCAACAUUUAAUUUGAAACCUGGUAAUCCGCUCCAGAUAGAUUUGCAUUCUGCCUGUAACGACGGUGCACUCUCCCCGGGCUCCAAGAAACUUUGGAGCGGAGCUGGACGGAGAAACCGUGGAUGUAGCAGGCUUUGCUUUUCACGGACUCACGGCGGCGGUCUGGAACGGAGGAUGUGGAGUUAUGGGGUUAGAUUUGUUCUGCCCCACCCCCCUAAAGCUAAAUUCAUCUUUUAUUCCAGUACCAUGAUCCUACACUGAAAUAUGAUAUAUAUGGUUUUAAUUAAUAUUAAUAAAAAUAUUUCUAGUUGUACUUUAUCAAGGUUCCCAGGACCCAUGGAAUAGAAACUGGCCCACGGCAUCAUAGACCACCUCCGUGCUUAACAGCAGGCAUAAAAUGUUUUUCAGCAUCCUAAUUUUUUGUUUUAUUUUGCUUCACACCAAACCCACCUGGACUUUUUGUUGUGAAAAAUGUUGAUAUUAGUCCCGUCUGACCAAGAGGCACAGCUUCGGUUAAAGUCCCACUACAGGGUUACUAUUUAUGAGCUAAUACAAACUGUUGGUAAGGAGAUUAGCCGGUAAAUUUAGGGAAUCCUUACUUGGAUUAAUUUCAUUGGAAGAGGCAUCAACAAUUGUGCCACCUGUGAUUUUUUUUUUUUUUUUUUUUGUUAUAAAGACAGUGAUCUCUUAACACGGGCCCUCCUCACCUCACCCCCACACACUGAAUAAAUUAGCUGAAAUUACAUGUUGGAUUUCUCACAAUUGCUCUGUAAGAACCUGUUUCUUCAAUAAAAGAUAAAUGUAUUAUUUUCUUUAUUAU